CUAACUUAUUACACCAGCCGAGGCAGUUCUAAGAACAUACCUCUAAGCAGCACUUUUCUGAUGCAAUCCCCUUGAUCCAGCGUGCGGCAACAAAAGCUAUAAAUUCUUAUUAAACUUUAAUUGCAUGCUUUAUGUUGCUUUAGUCCGCCAUAAAUAAGGAUUUUUUUUCAACCGGAAAUCGACAAAAUGACAGAAGAAGAUUCGGUAUUUGAUCCAACCUUGAAAAAGAAAAAGAAGAAGAAGAAGACUACUUUUGAUCUUGAUGCAGCUUUUAAUGAAGGAGGUAGUAGUGGUGAAGCAACAGAGAAUGCCACUGAAAAAGAGAAUCAGGAGCUUGAGCCCCCAGUUGUUGAAGAUGAUGAAGCAUUGGACUUGGAAAGUUUCGGUAAAAAGAAAAAGAAGAAGAAAAAGGCAUUCAACUUGGAUGAACUAGAAGCAGCUUUGCCUGAUACUAAGAAAGAAGAACCUGUAGAGCAACAGACUGAGGAAAUUGUGGUGGAUGAUGACUUUGAUUUAGAUAUGGACUUUUCCAAGACAAAGAAGAAGAAAAAGAAGAAGAAGGAUCUCGACGAAUUAGUAGCUGAGGAAGAUCGCAAGGAACUUGAAGACAAGGAUAAUGGCUGCACUGAAUCUGAGCGAAGUGCAGAGUAUGUGGAGGAGCCGAGUUCAUGGGUAGGCUCGGACAGGGAUUACACAUAUGACGAAUUACUCAUUAGAGUGUUUAACAUCUUGCGGGAAAAGAAUCCUGACAUGGUAGCUGGUAAAAAACAAAAAUUCGUCAUGCGUCCGCCACAAGUAGUGCGUAUUGGAACGAAGAAAACGUCUUUUGCCAAUUUCACUGAGAUUUGUAAAACGUUGCACAGACAACCGAAACAUUUACUUGACUUCUUGCUCGCCGAGUUGGGAACAAGCGGCUCGGUGGACGGAAAUAGUCAAUUGAUUAUUAAAGGUCGCUUCCAACAGAAGCAAAUAGAGAACGUUCUUAGGAGAUACAUCAAGGAGUACGUUACAUGUCAUACAUGCCGUUCUCCAGACACGAUCCUUCAAAAGGACACUCGGCUCUUCUUUUUACAGUGCGAGACCUGUGGAUCGAGAUGUUCAGUUGCUAGUAUAAAGUCUGGAUUCCAGGCUGUCACAGGAAAGCGCGCUGCCAUUCGUGCUAAAACUGCCUAAAACAUUUUCUACUCCUCUUUUCUCUUUCCCAUUUUGGUGAUUUCUUUCGUUCCACUUGUAAAUUUUACAUCACAAAGAGGGUGUUUGUUGUACUUUAUUUAAAAACACUCAGAAUAUAACUGUACUCAAAGAAACGUUUAAAGUUUCCUCAUGCAACGGAAACGUCAAGCAGUUAAAAGUUGACGAAGAUGCUAGUGCGAAUUGAACACUGUGGAAUAGAAACAAUGCAAGCGAUUGCAUCUUUACAUUGAUUUGAAUGCAAGAGUGUAGAUAGUGUAGAUAGUGUUACCUUGGACUGUCAUAAAUUUGUUAUCAAUUCUAAUGUAAAGAAACAAUGGCUUGGUGAGUUGAUCCAUAGCUUUCUGAAUUGUCUUAAGCAUCUUUAAAUCCUUUCUCAUUCCAUGAAUUAUACGAUCGAAUUAUAUGGAUUUCAAUUAUUCAAUAAUUCGAUCUUAAAAUCUUUGAAUAUUUCGGGACAUUUAUUGGAUACUUGCAUAUCUUUAAAUAUUUAAAUUUAAAAGUUUUAGAUUUUCUUAGUUUUGAAAUUUGCAAAUCUUUGUAAAUUUCAUUUGAAUCGUUAAGUUUAAAGAUCCUAGAACGAGAAUACAGAAAUUUUCAAGUUCAUAUUGCAUGAAAUACUAAUUUUCAUGCCUUAUAAUAGUUCUUAAGCAUCACACAAGAUUAAAUAUAUAUAUAUUUAAAAUAGUGCUGGCAAGCAUUAAGUCAUUUAAUUUCCUAUUUCUCUAAUCUUUGUCUUUAAUAAGUAGUUCACAUGUAUAAAAACCGGCUGAAGUUUAGAUUUGCAAUGUUACUUGUCUCUUUAUCCACAUAUUGUACAAAGGACACUGUUUAAGUAUUAAGUGGUAAAGAGUAUUCAAUUAUUGUUAACACAAUGUAGCAAUAUGUUAUAUUUCCAUGUGUAUACAGUAACUCCAAAUUGGAACAUGCUUUCGCAAAUUCAGUUCAGCAGAUUCGCAAAAUUGUGAUUAAACCAAAGUAAAACAGCCUUCUUUGACUCGUUCGAUCAUAGAACAAUUUUUUAAAGAAUACAUUCAAUUGUAUUUACUAAGCAAUAAAUUUACUUUUAUAUGUUUUUAUAUAUUUCUUGGAUUCCCUUUGAAGAAUUUGAUUAAAGGAGUAACUAUGUAUAAUUAAUAUGCAAUAAACAACUAACAAUUUUAAUCA